AUGACAGCCUCUGUAGCAAUGACCAACUAUUUCAAUUCCCUACGAGAGAGGGAAGACUUUGGAUCCUUUGAAAUUGUAAUGGACAAUCCACGUACAUUUUGUUGUGCACCACCGAGACCUGAAGAUUCCACAAAAUCAACCACGAGUCCCAAAGAAGCCAAGAGAGAAAAACGAUGGAGCCAAUCCCUCGAUCUCUCAGAUGCUGCUAUUGUCUCCAUAUGUGGCGAUGCCCCAUUCAUUCCUCAACGAAGAUUAUCCUUGGAUGCGAGUAUUCGCAUUGAUGAGGAGGAGAAGGAACAACAAGAAGACCACGAACAAGAAUGCAAGGAGAGGAAGGAGCGUGCAUCAUCAUCUUCAUUGUCACCAGUUCGUCGCCCCGGUACACCAAGGAUGACAAGGCGAAAGGGCCACAACCUGAACAAGUCGGUUCCUACCUUGUAA